AAACACGAAAGGGACUUUAGUGAUGAGGGAAAGGAUUUAUUGGACGUGUCACGUCGAUUACAUGGUCAUUUUUUGUAAGAUCACAGGUUGAAAAGGGAAAUUCUCACAAAGGACUUUUUUUUUCAGAAGAAGUGUGUUUUUCUUGUCGUGUAGUUUGAUCCUGGCUUCACCAUAUGUGACAGAAUAUCAUAUAAUGAUACUCAGACAAAGACAGUACGGCUGAAUUAAUUUUUUUUUUACCAUUUUGCUAAUAUGAUUUAUACUGAAAUUUUAUACCAUUUUAGUUUUAUUUUAUUUUGAUGCUUUGGUAUAUACAUUGUUUUGUAUAAUAUUUUUCUCACAUCCAUCAUCAUAAUGCACACUUCAGUUCCACCUUCCCCCAUGAGACCAGCCGUGGCCCCAUCAGUACAGCUGGGUGUCACGGUUCUUUACGCCUGUCUCUAUGGGGGUCUUUUUUUAGUCGUAUACAUUCAGCUUUGGUUGCUGUUAAUCUACCGGCAUAAGCGAUGGAGCUACCAGAGUAUUUUUCUUUUUCUUUGCCUGUUCUGGGCAGCUCUUCGCACAACACUCUUCUCGUUUUAUUUCCACGAUGCCCUUGCGGCCAACCACCUGUCCACUCCAGUCUACUGGCUCCUUUAUUGCUUCCCAGUGUGCUUGCAGUUUUUCACUCUGAGUCUCUUCAACCUUUACUUUACUCAGGAGUUGCUCAAAGUCAGAAGUGUAUUCAACAUUGAGCCCAGCAAAGCACUACGGGCGGCUCGGUGUGUGUAUGCCACCAUGAGUGCCGUCUUCCUGUGCGUCAACAUAGUUUGCGCAAGCCUCGCAGAGCAUGGAGGUUCUGGUGGAGGUGGUGAAAAUGCUUGGAGCCUGGUUUUGCUUCGGGUUCUGGUUAAUGACCUGCUGUUCAUUCUGGAAGCUGUGUGUCUGGCCACAUCUCUGCUCCUGUUAACUCGAUUCUCGCCCACCACCACCCCCCCUUAUCUACGCAGUAAGGGGCUUUGCCGGACUGUGGUGUUGGGGGCCGGUGUAAUCUUGCUCUUCUCUAGCAGGGCUUGCUACAAUCUUGCAGUGCUGUUUUUGUCUCAGAAUCAUAAAGUCGAGGCUUUUGACUAUGACUGGUACAACAUUUCUGAUCAGGCUGACCUUCAGAGUGAACUUGGAGAAAGAGGCUACAUUAUCUUUGGAGCAGUUCUUUUCAUUUGGGAGCUGCUACCUACUGGCCUGCUCAUUCUCAUCUUCAGAGUUCGCCAGCCUCCUCAAGAAAAGAACUGCAGCCCAGCCAUGUGCAACACACAAGCCUCACAGUCAUAUUUCUUUGAUGAUCCUCGAGGAAUGGAUGAUGACACGGCUUCUCUCUGGAGCCACAGUAUCAAUCCUCAUAGCAGCUGGUUUGGGUCGAGUGAGACGACUCCACUCCUCUUCAACAGGAGCGACCAGAUCAACCAACACCACUCGCUUUACUCCACUCCACAGACCUGACCGCUAUGCAAAGCUGCAGAGAUCUUCCUCUGACCUUCUCAGGCAAUAGCACAGCAUUACCUCUUCCUGUUGAGUAGCUCAAUAGGUUUGUUUGCACUAAUACU